AUGGAUACCUCCCUGGUCGCGGGAACCCUUUCAAUGGUUGCCAACAAUGGCGUUGGCUUCGCCAAAUUCCUCAAUCGCUUCGAUUUCGUAUCCAAUUACUACAUCUCCGCCACCGAUUCGAUCGCCGACCAGAUCGCGCCGUAUUCCGCCGCCGGAGCUCUUCAGUUAUCAGCCGCACUGUUCCCCGUCGCAACCAUUGCUCCGCCGCCUGUCAAAUCUAUUUCACGCCGAUCGGCCUCUCGGACGUUUCUCCGUAGAAAGCGCCGCACGAAGCGUAGAUUGUACAGCGAUGACUCCGAGGGCGGCGAAGUCAACGGAUUCGGCGGCGGCGAUUUUGACGGAUCGUACGGCGGAGGUGGCGGUAGCGGCGGAAGUGGCUGGAAUUUCGAUAGAUUUGGGGGGAGUGAUUGGGAAGAAUCUCCAUCCUCUUCUUCUAAUCCGGCGUAUUAUUUCGUUUACGAGGUGGUUUAUUGGAUCGCGCUCUCAAAUUGUGUGCAUUUCGCAUUCAAGAAGGUUAUUAGAUUUGCAGGUGAAGCAAUCAGGAACUCCGAACGAGGAAAAUUGUCCAUGAGAUUAAUCUCUGUGUGUUGA